AUGGAGUUUAAUUUGAGGAUGGCGUUGUUUUGUGUUAUUGCAACACUCUUAAUUGCACCCUUGGAAGGAUUUCGCUAUUUCCAAAAUAAGAUUCCCAAUGGAAACAAUAUUCCCCACCCAUGUAAACCUAACUACGUAUGGCAGGGAGUGGGCCAUAGGAAUUCGGCUGGUGGAGGAGAAAGAAACCCAUUUGGAUUGGCAUUUGACGAAAAUGGAAAGGUAUGGACUCCCGAGCUAUGUAAUGCUGACUCCGACAACGACGGAAGGACCAAUGGCCAGGAGCUCGGCGAUCCAAACUGUGUGUGGAAUGAGACCCAGAUUCCUGAAGAAACAUCCGGUCUUACACAUCCAGGAAUCUGUGAGCCUUGGAAUUCUCCAGCGUGUCUGGCACAGAACCAAUGGGAGUUUUGUAAUAGCCAGGAAUUCUCGUGUCCGCCUAUGGACGCCACAGCUGAUGUAAGAAAUGUCACCGUUCGCUUCCCACCAACCCCUGUCCCUAGUGAGGAAACCAGUUAUAUAUGCCUCACUGUGCCCUUACCUGACGAUGGAGACUACCACCUGAUCGCGCAGACGCCUAUCAUUAAUAACACUAACGUCAUGCACCACAUGCUACUCUACGGGUGUAGAGACGAGGAGCUAGUUGAGGGUGACGGAGAUGUGCGAACACGCUUUCAGACACCAAAGUCGUGUAAGAUGGGCGUGGGUUGCAAUAACAUCCUCGCUAAAUGGGCACUCGGUGCUUCGGGAGAAUGUAGCUCGGAGAAGGCAGCGUUUAGGAUAGGGACCAAGGGAUACAAAACGGCCAUUCUCCAGGUUCAUUGGAACAACCCAGAGUUUCGACAAGAUUAUGUUGACAGCUCCGGAAUGACGUUGUACUACACACCCAACUUACGCGAAUUUGACGCUGGUUAUCUUAUGACUGGUCAACAGUACAUUACGAUCCCAGGUGGUCAGCCCAGCUAUAUUACAUCAGCUGUGGCAGAAUCCUAUUGUACCCAACAAUACCUUCAGAGCCCUAUUUAUCUCACAGAGAGUUUACUUCAUAUGCAUUAUCUUGGGAAGUCUGCCUCAUUGGACCACUAUCGAGAUGGUAGCAGAGUAGGGUCCCUGGGUCGUGAUGAUGUCUAUAGCUACGACAGUCCUGUCACACAUAAGUUUGGGACGCCAAUUGAGUUUCAACCAGGAGAUGAAAUUCGCUUGAAAUGUGAGUUCGAUUCGACAUCGAAGAAUACAACAACUUAUUAUGGCGAUGCAACAUCUGAUGAAAUGUGUUAUAGUUUUGUGGUGUAUUACCCUGAAGUGAAAAACAUGAACAGCAUCAUUCAAUUCAAGAAUGCGAGCCUGUGUAAAGGUGUCUUCAGCAAAACAUGUCCUGACAUCCAAGAUUAUAUGGAAGGCGAUGGUCUGAAAAAUUUGUGGUGGGAAGUGGUAAACAAUUGUGAUACAGACAUCGGGGGUAGGUGUCUCCCCGAAUGUGAAAAAAUGGUUAGACGCAUGAAAUCCACUGAUGGUUGCAUGUCGGACAGUAAUGUCGUUGAACUCAUGAAAACCUUUCUAGAGAGUGUUGCUAAUAUUGAUAGUAUUUGGAGAGGCUUUGAGUCGUGCGAUGACGUGAUUGCUCUAAAUGAAUCUGUAUUGUGUAACGACUUAGCUACAUAUAUGAACCAAACACUAAAGGGAGUUGCUGAACAAAUUGUCGAUAGUUGUGAUGUCAUGGGAAACAACUGCCAACCAGAAUGUAAAGAAAUGAUUCAAGAGAUAAGACGAACCGAUGCUUGCUUGGGCAAUCAAAUAAUGGCUACCUUGAUGAAAACUUACACUGCCCAAGUUCCUGAUAUUCACUUUUUCUGGCAGGCCUUUGAAUCAUGUGACGAAGAGUUAGCGCCAGUGAGAGGGAAAGAAUGUAACUUGGAAGCGUAUAUGGAACAAAAUAUCGAAAGCUUUGCAGCAGAAGUUUCACGCAAGUGUGAUAUGGAAGUCGGAGGUACAUGUAAACCCGAAUGCAAAGUAAUGGUCAAGAAGGCGAGAGAAACUGAUGAAUGUUUGGGAAAUCCAAAACAUGUUGAAACGAUGAAGUUUUACACGCUGCCAUACGAGGGCAUGGAUUAUGUCUGGCGAGGUUUCGAAUCGUGCGAUGACGAGCUCGAGUUAGCCAACCAAAUACCUCCGGACGACGAUGAAGAUGAUGAUAUGACAGGAUCUGCCUCUGGUAUUUCCCUCGUCUUUACCGCACAGCUUCUUGCUGGAUUUCUCACCAUAUUUUUCUUGAACUAA